AUGUGCGUGUAUCAACCGUUAAUCUUUUUUGUUAUAAAUGGUUAUAUCAUUGAGAUCUCGAACCAUAUUGGAGAGCUUGAGUUUGGUGAGAUCAAGCUUGCGGUAAUUAUGACCACCGUUGCCCGCGAGGAACCUUAUGCUGCUGUACUGGAAACACCGAUCUUGCCCACCCUCUGCAGCGGCUGUUUCAAAAUAAACACUGACCUGAGCCCGUGCAACAAAUGUAAGACCGUCUAUUACUGCAGCCACAAAUGUCGGGCAUCUGAUGCGGCGGAGCACCAGACCGAAUGCGCAGCCCUCAUCAGGGUGAAGCCCCAUUUGCCGAGUUCUGCUGUCCGCUUGAUGGCACGCAUUUUUUGGAAGCUGGACCGUGAGAGGGUCGGCGAAUGUGCACCAACGGGCGCGGCAUUCAAUGGGCGUACCUUUGACAAUUUGAUGGAGCACGCUGAUGAGAUCAGAAAGGAUGAGGAGGCUUGUGGCGACGCCUAUCAUCUUUCUUCGAUCGUGACUCAAUACGUAGGGAAUGAUGUGAUGCGAAACAGUGUUGGUUUGAUAACCGUUUUUGGCAAGGUCAGGACUAAUUCUUUCUCAAUCCUGGGCGAAGACCUUUCGGAAGUGGGUGCCGGGCUUUACCUUGGGCUGGCUGUUCAUGACCACUCCUGUACUCCGGAUGCUUUUGUGCUAUUCGAUGGGAAGAAAGCCUUAUUGCGCGUGCCGAAGACUGGAGCGGUUUAUAGUCCUGAUUUGAGGAUUUGUUACGUUGAUAUGAUGCAGAAAACUAGCGAUCGCAGAAAGAAACUGGAGAAACCGUACUAUUUCACAUGCACUUGUGCGCUCUGUACGGAUUCGCAGCGGGACGCACUAGCACUUUCGACCAAGUGUGAGCGCUGCCAGACGGGUGCUUGUCCAUUGGACGAACGUAAGGACCAAUUGGUCUGUAAGGAUUGUGGGCAACCGCAAAAGUUGACCGUCGAGGAGGCGCUUCGGCUCAACCAACAGCUUCAUUUUAUGAUCUCUCAUAAGGACAGCACUCCUUUAGCAAGUAUGGACCUUGGCCAUGAAUUGGCGACCAUGGCGCCGACCUAUGAUAAAUUUGCGAAAAUCUUGUCUCCGUUGAACAUGGAUCUGGCCGUCUAUGGUAAUCGUCUACUGACCGCGGCCUACUUGUCGGGAAGGACCGAUAUAUUGGAAAAAUAUGCAUUUGUGACAGUUCGAGCGUAUAAGGAAUACUUGCCGCUUGGGCAUCCGGAACUCUCGGCACGCCUUCUUCUUGCGGCCGAAGCAGCCUCUUGCGCCGACUAUCUCACUCAGGACAUUGUCAAUAUCAUUGAUGAUGCCUUUGGAGCUUAUGUGGUCUCGCAUGGACGUGACCAUCCGUCUACCCAGAUGGCCGAGCACAUGCUUGUCAAUGUGAAGACGCGGCUCCAGAAUCAGGAAGACUGC